UCCCCUCGGCGCUCGGGCCCGCCCGCUGGCAGGGCCCGCCCGGGAGCGGUAAUUGCCGUCCCGGCGUUGCACAACCCGGCACCGGCGCGGCGCGGCCCGUCCUGCCCUGCCGGCGGCGCGGGGCCGGGCGGCGCCGCCCCCUCCCGGCAUCCCUCGCUCGGCUGCCAGGCUCGGCUGCGCUCCCUCGGCGGCUCCGCGCUGCUCUCGCCAUGGCCGCCUACAGCAAGUUCCUCACCGCGCGGCACUCCGCCAUCGCCGGGGCCGCCGCCGCCUGCGCGCUGCUGUGCCUGCUCGGAAAGCGGCGGGCGGCCGCGCAGCACGGUAAAAGAAGUGGAAAACAAGCACUGCAGAAUAAUGAGCAGAAAGAGGGAAAGAAGGAGCGAGCAAUGGUGGACAGAGUGUUUAUUGCACGAAUAUGUCGAAUCCUGAAAAUAAUGGUCCCUAGAACACUUUGCAAAGAGACAGGUUAUUUGCUGCUUAUUGCUGUGAUGCUGGUAGUCCGAACUUACUGUGAUAUUUGGAUGAUUCAAAAUGGAACAGUCAUUGAAAGUGCUAUCAUUGGCCGCAGCAGAAAAGAUUUCAAGAAAUACUUGUUCAACUUCAUUGCUGCCAUGCCUGCUAUCUCUUUAGUGAAUAACUUCCUGAAGUAUGGCCUAAAUGAACUGAAGCUCUGCUUCCGAGUAAGACUUACCAGAUACCUCUAUGAAGAAUAUCUUAAAACUUAUACAUACUACAAAAUGGGAAACCUGGACAACAGAAUAGCUAAUCCAGAUCAACUCCUUACACAGGAUGUGGAAAAAUUCUGUAAUAGUGUAGUGGACCUGUACUCAAACCUUAGCAAGCCCUUCUUGGACAUAGUUUUGUACAUCUUCAAGCUAACAAGUGCAAUAGGAGCACAGGGUCCAGCCAGCAUGAUGGCAUACUUGAUUAUUUCAGGGUUUUUCCUUACACGUUUAAGGAGACCAAUUGGCAAGAUGACUAUUAUAGAACAGAAAUAUGAAGGGGAGUACAGAUAUGUCAACUCACGGCUCAUUACAAACAGUGAGGAAAUUGCUUUUUACAAUGGAAACUUAAGAGAAAAGCAGACUAUUCACAAGACUUUCCGUAAGCUGGUGGAGCACUUGCAUAAUUUCAUCCUGUUCCGGUUCUCUAUGGGUUUCAUUGACACUAUCAUUGCCAAAUACCUUGCCACUGUGGUUGGCUACCUGGUUGUUAGUCGUCCAUUUUUGAACCUGUCUGAUCCUCGUCAUCAGAAUAGCACUCAUGCAGAACUCUUGGAGGAUUACUACCAAAGUGGAAGAAUGUUACUGAGAAUGUCUCAAGCUUUGGGCAGAAUAGUCCUAGCAGGCCGUGAAAUGACAAGAUUGGCUGGUUUCACAGCUCGAAUCACGGAAUUAAUGCAGGUUCUGAAGGACUUGAACAGUGGCAAAUAUCAGCGUACUAUGAUAUCACAAGAAAAAGAUGGAGAGAAAAAGCAACCUUUGUCUUUGAUACCUGGGUCUGGAGAAAUUAUCAACAGUGAUAACCUUAUCAAGUUUGAUCAUGUUCCAUUGGUGACACCUAAUGGAGAUGUUUUGAUUCAAGACCUUAACUUUGAGGUUCGAUCUGGUGCAAAUGUGCUGAUCUGUGGGCCAAAUGGCUGUGGGAAGAGCUCCCUGUUCCGUGUUCUUGGUGAGUUGUGGCCUUUGUUUGGUGGGCGUUUAACAAAACCUGUAAGAGGAAAGUUGUUCUAUGUUCCCCAGAGACCAUACAUGACUCUUGGAACGCUCAGAGAUCAAGUUAUAUAUCCAGAUACUUUGGAAGAUCAGAAAAACAAAGGGAUUUCUGACCAGGUGCUGAAGGAGUACUUGGAUAAUGUCCAGCUGGGUCAAAUCCUGGAACGUGAAGGAGGCUGGGAUAGUGUUCAGGACUGGAUGGAUGUACUCAGCGGGGGAGAAAAACAGAGAAUGGCAAUGGCAAGGCUGUUCUAUCAUAAGCCCCAGUUUGCAAUUCUGGAUGAGUGCACCAGUGCUGUUAGUGUGGAUGUAGAGGGCUACAUUUACAGCCACUGCCGAAAGGUUGGCAUCACUCUCUUCACUGUUUCCCACAGGAAGUCACUCUGGAAACAUCAUGAUUUCUACUUGCAUAUGGAUGGCCGAGGAAAUUAUGAGUUCAAGAAAAUAACCGAAGACACAGUUGAAUUUGGAUCUUAAAGUCAUGAACUGAACUGCUAGAGAUGGAUGAUUACAGGAGUGUGUAGAAUGUCAGACAAUGUAACAUAAAAUUACUCAGCUUGUUAAGCACUUACUAUUAUGUAGGAUAUUGCUAAUUGUGUAUAUGUUGGUUUAAUUAUUGAUACGUACUAAGAAUGUCCUUAUUCUUGUGGUUUAAAAACCUGCCUAAAUUAAAUUGGGCUUAAAUUAGUGUAACCUGAUUCAUCCUGGGAUGCAAACCAUUUGAAAUCGGCUGAUUUGACUUUUGUAGACCUUCUUUCCCUUCAGUGAAAAGCCCUGUUAAAAUUAGGGUUGCUACCUCUCUUGUUCCUGCACAGCAGUCUUGGAUUUUUGCUCUGUUCUAUGCAUGUUUCAGAGAGAUCUUGCACGGUGCAGGACAUUGUCCCAUCUUCAGAUCUGUGCCCUGGUAAAUGAAAGAGCCUUUUCCUUGUCCAAGCAUUGUGAUGUAGCCAAUGUGCCCUUGCUGAAAAAGGAUGAGCUGAAACGAAAAGACAAAACUAGUUCCUUCUGGCUUUUUAAAAAAAAAGAUUGUUCUUUUCUGGGAUUUGGAUUCAUCUUUAACAUCUGUCUGUCCAUGCAGUUCUCUCUGCAGCUCAGCUCCCAUUCCCUCCCAAUUUAGCAAAAGCUUCAUCCUCCAGCCCAACUGUCCUUUUCCUGCCAGAGAAAUAUUGUGGUGAUGAAGAGUUGAGAGGAGGUUGAAGGAGGAAAGGACCAACCCACAAGAAAAAAUGGGAGGGAAAGAAAAGUGAUGAUCAUUGUAUCAACCAAGCUUGUGAAUGUUUUUAGCUCUGAACAAAUGAAGAAACAAAGAAGAAUGUGGGUCCAGUAAUUCCUCAAAUCAGUUGAGGUUAUAAUGGGCUCAAAAAUGUUAAUCUGUGAAAUAGCAGACAGUUGUCCUGUGUUCAGACCUGCAAUACAGCAGUUACUUUUUCCAACUUCUUUUCUCCUUCUUCAAAAAAAUCUGAAGAUUUUAUAAUUUUAGCUGACGUUCAGGUCUGAAUUUGAAAGCAAGUGAUGAUGGUACUCUCUGGUCUCCUAGGCUGUGAAGCCUGAAACAAUGCUUUAAUUCUUCAUGUUUAUUCUCUUAUUGUCAUGAUGUUUCUUGAUUUCUGAUACAAAUUAUUUACCAGUGAUUCUCUGUGUUUUUUAAGUAUCUCCAGUCCUUGCUGGUUUUCUUGUUCCAGCUUCCAAAUCUCCUCAAAGGAACCAAACUCUUACAAUAGUUUACUGUAAUUGUUUUUUCCAUACAAAUGAUUACUGUGGUUGUUGUUUGUUUUUGACAAAUAUAAAUGCAGCAGGGUGUUUUUUGUGAUCAGGGAAUAGGAGGGUGUAAUUCAAACUGAAUUGCUGUUUAGGCUUUAAAACAAAAAAAAAAAUUACAAUACCUGUUGUACAGUGAAGGUCUAGUAGUUUUUUUUAGUGUUCCAUGUAAGAUAUAAUAUAGGAAUGCACUACAUGAAGGCAUGCAUAAAAUAUGCAGUACAUCUGUACUUUGUGCAUCUUUUAUCAAGGGUUUAGAUUUUAAAAAGCCCCUACUUUUUAUAAAAUGAAUAUGUACUUGGAUGCACUGCUGUUUGUUAAUUUUGACCCAGUUUAAUUAGUAAUUUUCUUUCAUGUUGAAAUUGCUACCUGUUAAUAUUUUUUCUUUUAUCCUGGUAAAAGAAUCCAGUGACCACAGUAGAAUCAGAGUCUAAUGCAUCAAUGAAGAUCAUAAAAGCUUCUCUCUGAAGUAUAGCAUAUUCAAGAGAAUAAGGUACCAGAAAAAUUUUUGUGCUUGUUUUACAGGAAGGCAGAUAGAUGCCUGAUUUCACUAAUCUCUCUGUUCAUUCAGAUUCUCACAUCAGCCAUAAGGUAGCAGGUAGCAGCAUGCUGUUUGUGAGGUUGUAGUCUUUUUCAAAGUGUAACCAUGGAAAUAGGGAUGCCACAUAGGUUGUUGUGUGGGGAGGUUUUUUUGAUUGGUUUGUUUGUUUGGGUUUUUUUUCUCAGCACAAAUACAACUUCUUCUCUUGGAAAGGGAUGUUUUAGUAGCCUUUUAGAGAGACAAAGAAAAAUGUAAUCUCUAAACUGAGAAAGUUGCUAUGAUCUUUGUGAUUAGGGCAGUCUUUUGCAGUGGAGUAGUGAACUUGGAAUACUUUAAUAUAUUUUUAAUGCUAACAAGCAAAACCAUACACAGCACACUUACAUUUCCCCCAGCAGCCAAUCCCAAUUGUACUUUACAAGUUUACUGGUUGUAACAGAAUUUUGUGUAAUCUUGUAUUUAUUUUUAAAACUAACAAGCAAACAAAAAAUCCAUCUCCCAAACCAAGGAGGAAUAGGUUUGCCUUUAGGUGCCAUGAAGUUUGUUGAAACUGAGGAUGCUGGUAUCUCCUUAGGCCCAGGACUUGGUGUUUCUAAAUAUACUGGAAGGAAAGAAAAAUAUUAUUUUGAGCUUGAUUGUAAGGGAGGCUUGUAAACAAAAUAUUAAAAAGAAUGAUAUUUUAGAACUUUAUUCUUAAAAGGCCUUAUAUUAAAGUGUUUGAGAUAGACUUGAUCUUGAGAGAUUGUAAAAAAUCUAAUGAAAAUGAUCGAAGUCUCAGUUCUGUUGCAGAAUUGCACUGUGAUUUUAGUUAUGUUUCUUUAAUAGCACAAGUUGGAAGUUCAUGAAAUGGAAUUCUGAACUAUCUCAAUAGACAACAUACUGAUGAAUACUUUCAUUCUCAAAUUGUUGGUGCUUUGAAGAUGGUACUGGAAAUAGUCAGAUGGCUGCAUUUCAACGGUGGGAAACAUUCCUGUGUGUAAAUACUGUAAAGUGUUUUGGAGGGGGAAUGGCGCUAUGUAAAUGUAAGACAUUAAGUGCCUCUGAAAUAAUAAUAAUAAUAAAAAAUCUAAAGAUAAAGUAUA